AUGUUCAACUUUGGACAUUCCGUUUGCAGCGAGCUCUAUCGAUACCAACUUUCUCUCAAUUCCUGUGACUCUGGCCUUCAGACCACAGUUGCUUCCUCAACCGCUGCUUUAGGCCCGCUGGACAUUCACUCUUCUGGCAAUUCAGUGUCUAGUCCUGCCACUGCCGCAUCUGCAUUUGUGGCUACCAUUUCGGCCAAUAUCAUCGCUGGUGGUCCUCAACGAUCCAACCCUUCUCCACUUUACGGGGGCAAUGUACCAGGACAUUCGGCGGCUAGCUUUCAUCCAGAACUCUAG